GCGCGCGGGGCGGGGCUGGCCGGGCGCGGGCGGGUCCGCGCGGCUGAUGCUGCUCAGACUGCGGGACAGUCGCUCGCACGGCGCCACCCACCGGCUCGCCAUCCUCCCUCCUGCCACCUCUUGGUGCUCAGAGCAAAUUCUCGAGCCUUUGGAGCCUGCGCCCGAGCAGAAACUUGCCUCCGAGAGUCGUUGGCGAAGUUCUCUGGGUCAAUCCUCGCCCGCCCGCGCUGCUGUUUGCGCUCGGGGUACCAUGGACAGCAGCCGCGAACCCACCCAGGGGCGCCUGGACGCCGCGGGCUUCUGGCAGGUCUGGCAGCGCUCGGACCCCGACGAAAAAGGCUACAUCGAAGAAAAGGAGCUGGAUGUUUUCUUGAACCACAUGUUGUCAAAAUUGGGUACUAAUGAUGCGGUUAUGGAAGAAAACAUGCAGAAAGUGAAGCAACAAUUUAUGGCUACUCAGCAUGUCUCCAACGAUGGGCGCAUACAGAUGAAAGAGCUUGCCAGCAUCUUUUUGUCCGAAGAUGAAAAUUUUCUUCUUGUCUUUCGCCGGGAAACGCCCUUGGACAGCAGCGUGGAGUUUAUGCAGAUCUGGCGCAAAUACGACGCAGACAGCAGUGGCUUUAUUUCGGCAGCUGAGCUUUGUAACUUCCUCCGAGACCUUUUCGUCCACCACAAGAAGGCUGUUUCUGAGACGAAGCUGGAGGAGUAUACUGGUACCAUGAUGAAGAUCUUUGACAAAAACAAUGAUGGGAGGUUGGAUCUUAAUGACAUGGCAAGGAUUCUGGCUCUUCAAGAAAACUUCCUUCUCCAGUUUAAAAUGGAUGCUUGUUCCACUGAAGAAAGGAAGAGGGACUUUGAGAAAAUCUUUGCCCACUACGAUGUCAGUAAAACUGGUGCUCUCGAAGGCCCGGAAGUGGAUGGGUUUGUCAAAGACAUGAUGGAGCUUGUCCAGCCCAGCAUCAGUGGGACGGACCUUGACAGGUUCCGGGAGAUCCUUUUGCGUCACUGCGAUGUGAAUAAGGAUGGAAAAAUCCAGAAGUCUGAGCUAGCCUUGUGUCUUGGCCUGAAAAUCAACCCAUAAUCCCCAGAUGUUUUUCUUUUUGCUCUAGUGUAUUUUGGUUAGUACCACUGGUAGCUGCUUUGCCUUUGAAGACCCCUCGGGCCAACUCUAGCAAGUGAUACGGUUACUCCCACACACACUAAGACCGUGGGUCUGAAGGCGAGCUGUAGUCCUGCCAUAGUGAAAGGCCCCGUCUGUAUCUCACCCUUGGUCCUGGGCUUUUCUUCUGUUUCUUCAAAGACUCAGCUAACCUUCAAAGGUUUCUGCCUGUCCUCUCCUGGCACCCCCGGGCGGCAGGGCCAGCUGAACCCAUUCAUAUUUGAGUUCUCCCUGUGGGGUUCUUGUUGGGCUGUGGGUGUUUCUGAGAUCCUCUGUGUAGUCCUGUGACUAAGUAGAUUAUGACGUGGAAAUAAACCUGCUGCUGGGAACAAAGAGGCUCUGACUGUGGCUUUUGUGCAGAACCUUUGAAAGCUUCUGC